AUGGUCUACUCAUGGUCUACUGCUCAUUAUUGGGAAGACGCCCGAGACAGGCACGUCUGGCGCCUAGGCGUCAGAGACCUAGUGAAGAAGGGAACUCUUCUUCACAGUUUAAAACACCUUCCAGUACUCCGAGCCCCGGUUCUUCGAGACACAAAGGAUUGGUCUCUGGCAAGGCUCCACCAAAAUAUUGCACUUAAGAAGUACAAUGUGGAGGCGUUAUAUGCCCAGCUUGUGGGCACAGUGAAAUUUGGUGAGGAGCAAUGCAAGAAUUGUCAGAUGGGCUGCGGCCCUUUUUUAUUUUGUGUGCUUGUGAUCGGCCUGGAUGGGAUGCCAGAAUGCGCAUGCUGCCACUACGGUGGUCAGAAGCAUCGUUGUAGUUUCCGGCAGGCAUACCUGGCAUCCCAUCCAGGCCAGGGAGACAAUAAUUAUACCGAUCCCAAUGCUCUUAAGCAGGUGGUUUCAAGGUCCCCUAUUCCGAAUACUCUUGAGCAGGUGGCUUUAAGCUCCCCUAUUCCAAAUGCUCUUGAGCAGACAUACCGACAAUCGGGGAUACCGGCCUGUAUGAUUUAA